GGAGUGUCUGGAGCGGGAGGAGUUGGCGGCGGACCCCCUGUCACACCGCAGGGACCCAAGACGGGUCGAGUGAAAAAGAUGGUUCGAUUGGCGGCAGAACUGUUGUUGCUUUUAGGACUUCUACUUCUUACCUUACAUAUUACGGUGUUAAGGAGCAGCCCGCUGAAUCAAGGGAAUUUAACUUUGAUCCAGGAUCAGCAGUAUACAGUGAUUGCAGAGAAUAAUGUCAGAACAGAGAGCAGUUUGUUAGCCCAGCAGGGUCCAGGGAAGCGGAGAGGAUCAGAGCCCCAGUCAGCCCAGAGGCCUGCUGCCCUCCCCUGGGCCCCGAGUCAGGCUACCGGAGGUAGCCUGCAGAGAGACAGGCCUGGGGCCUUCCUCCUGGACCUCAGCAACUUCCCUGACCUCUCCAAGGCUGAUAUAAACAGACAGAACCCCAACAUACAGGUGACCAUAGAGGUGGUGGACGAUCUAGACGGGGCGGAGCAUGAGAAAGGCCUGAAGGAGAACAAACCAGGUUUGGCCGCUACCAACUGGAGAAACUGGUGGCAAACCACCUCCUCUUCAUCCUCCUCUUCUUCUUCGGUCUUGACCCCACAUCAACCCAAGGAGCAGGCUAGGGAGCAGCAGCCCACCUACAGAGGAGGAGUAGCAAGUGGCAGUAACACAGAGGAUAGUAACUUACUAAAACCACUAGAAGGCUGGGAGAGGAGAGGAGGCGCAGGAGGAGGACGUGCCAGCAAGGUUCUGGCUGAAUAUGACUAUAUAGAUGGAGACGGUGGAUGGAGUAACUGGUCUCCAUGCAGUGUAACCUGUGGGAACGGGAACCAGAAGAGGAUCAGGUCAUGUGGUUACGCCUGCAGCGCCACAGAGUCACGCACCUGUGACAUGCCACCCUGCCCAGGUAUUGAAGAUGUGUUCAAGACAGCCGCCACUGAGGUCAGUCUACUGGCUGGAACAGAUGAGUUCAACGCUACAGAGCUCUUUGGUGUCGACACGGACAGCUGUGAACGCUGGAUGAACUGUAAGUCUGAGUUCCUGAAGAAAUACAUGACCAAAGUCUCCAACGACCUCCCCAGCUGCCCCUGCUCCUACCCCACCGAGGUGGCCUACAGCACGGCCGACGUCCCCGACCCCGCCACACGCCGGGCCUUCCGCUGGAAAGACGCCAGCGGCCCCAAGGAGAAACUAGAGAUCUACAAACCCACGGCCCGGUACUGCAUCCGUUCCAUGUUAACUCUAGAGUCCACUACUCUGGCUGCACAGCACUGCUGCUACAAUGACAACAUGAAGCUCAUCACCCGGGGUAAAGGAGCAGGAACACCCAACCUCAUCAGCAAUGAGUUCUCUGCUGACCUCCACUACAAGGUCGACGUCCUGCCCUGGAUCAUCUGUAAGGGGGACUGGAGUCGUUAUAACCAGGUCAGGCCUCCUAACAACGGGCAGAAGUGCCCAGACAACCCCCUGGAUGAGGAUUACCUCAAACAAGUUGAGGAGGCAUGGGAGUUUUAGAACUGGAGAGAUGAACAUAUUAAGGGAAAAAAACAUAUGAAAUAUUUGUCUGAAUCUUGUACUUCAAUUGCUGCUCCAAACCAUCCAAGGCCAGAGUCCAAAUGAACAGGACUGUCUGUUGAUAUCAGCCAACGUGAUAAAGAGGCAACAUAUUGCUCACAUGGACACAUCAUUGUCCUCAGAGACUAUGGACUCUAUUUUAAUAAAAACAAACUCAAUGGUAAAUCUAACCACUGGCGCUAGGGCUACAGGUUCAGGGGCGUGUCAGAAAUAUUUUUGUCUAUUUUCAUAACCAGAAUUAUUGUCUCAGUAGCAGGCGGUGGUGCGUAAGGGCUGGGUUUUGAUGGCAGGCGGUGGUGCAUAAGGGCUGGGUUUUGAUGGCAGGCGGUGGUGCAUAAGGGCUGGGUUUUGAUGGCAGGCGGUGGUGCAUAAGGGCUGGCUUUUGAUGG